AUGGAGCGCACGGACUUCUGGGAUCUGCACAGGCGGCUCGGAGAGUGCUACAGCGCCCAGGUUGCGGGCCUGGAGUUCAUAGAGAGGUCUCAGUCGCUGCAGAGUGUGGGCUGCCGCCCUGCCAAGCCCAAGGCGAAAUCCAAGGCGCCGCACACGGCGCUGGGUUUGCUGGAGCCCAUCGAGGAUCGGCCCCCGUCGGCCCCGGCGACGCCGCCCCCCGCGCUCUCUGCACCGCCGGGGCUGCUGCAGGCCGAUGGCCUCGACUUGCCAGAUUUCUUGCCGGACGAGCGGGUCUCCGGGACGCUCUCUCUGAAGCUGCCGCUGGACGGUGAGCGCGUGCCUGUACGGGAGUUUUGGAGGCAUGCGGCGGAGGAAGCCUUUGGCAAGGUCAGCUCUCACAGGGUUUCGAGCGCGACCUCCAUGGUGGUACUACCGCCGGCGCAGCCCAAGUGGCGGCAAGCGGCAGCCCGGCUGCAGCAUCCCAGGAGCCGCUUCAGGCUUUUGUGGGGUGUCCUGGGGAUUCUGUUGCUGACCUACGACGUGGCGGUUCUUCCGCUGCACGUCUUCUUGGAGGAGAGAGUCUAG